AAACCGAUGUCACUGCGAGAACUGUCACCGUUUGACAACUUAAAGUUCGCGAGCAAGGUGAAAAGUUGAACAAUUGUUUACACUGUUUAAGUAAAUUAGAAUUUCGAGAAUUUGCAUAAAAUUACAACAAUCGCGGGUCAACGAAAGUGAAAGAUCAAUUGCUAUUUGUGUAGAGCACAACUACAACAAAAACAAAGCAAAGUGGUGAAGCAACAACAAUAGAAUCUUAAUAGGAAAACAAACAGAAAAACAAUGCAAAACAAAUAGCAAAAAUAGAAAGAACAACGAUCCUUCCAAUAGCAACUAGCGGGUGAAAGAGACACUGCAACAACAACUACAAACAAACAUAGAAAAAGUACAACGCUAAAAGCAACAGCAACAACAACAUAGCAACGCAACAAUCGCACAACGACAAGUCAAUUGCAAGGACUUCGUACGAAAACAAAAAAAAACAACAACAACAACAAGAAAAAAUAGCAAAAAACGAAAUACAACAAUAAAACGUGAAACAACAGUACAACAACACGAAUGCGAAAGGUAAACAACGACAACAACAUAACUUGCAGCUAAUAGAGGAAGCGACGGCGAAGUAACAAAAGCAGUGCGGAGGGCACAUACACACACACAAGAUAUAAAUCCGGAUGUAUUCCGGUUUAGCAGACCCGACUUAUUUUUGGUGUGGAUGGAUUUUAUUAUAUCUUGUCAAUUCUGUCAGUGAUUAUCCUUAAUAAAGUUGAUUUUUCGCGAUCAACAAAACCGUAUAACAAAAUCCAGAAAAAAUCGCGAAAUUCGCACAUUUUAAUUGUUAAGAGACGAAAAUCAACGACAAAGCAAAACACUAGACCUCUUUGAUCGAAUUUUGUUAUGAUUGCAGAAUGCAUACAUCUAGAACGCCAAGAAAAACCGAUGCUAUUCAACUACCUGCAUGAUCUGCUACAUAAACCGCCCUGCUUACUGAAGAUAGCGUCAGUGUAAUUCAUACCGCAAUUAUAGAAGUGUUUCUUGCAAGUUAAAAGAAAUAAAUAAAUAAUAAGAUUUUAAGAAGAAAAAAUUACAAAUUAAAAAAUGUCAACCAAAUGCCGUUUAACACAAUGCGGGUGGUCCGGUUCUUUGAACGAUAUUUUUUCGCACUGCGAAGCCCUCCACCCGAAGUACAUACGCGAGCAUAAAGGCAACAAUUACUAUGAUUUCGACUUCAAUGACGUCGCCACAGAGGCAUUUCUGCUCUGCGGUCCAAGUGGUAUCUACUGGUUCUGCGCAUCUGAAGAUUCUGAGACCGAAAUAAAUCGCGGCGUCUUUCACAUAGGUGAUUCAGAACCGAUCAAUUACACAAUUAAGUUUGGACUCAAUCGUGACGGGCAUGCUGAAUACCUAGGACCAUAUAAAUCGCUUAGUGCAGAGACCGCUGAAACCUACGACGUGGAAUUGCCAUAUGAUUACAUACAGUAUCUCUGUGAAGAGAUAACUUCGCGUAAGAUGCGUUUGUAUGUUGGUGAAUUUGAUGACAGCGAUGAUGUGUUCGCGCCGACAUGGGAGGAUCUGAACUUUAACGAGGAGGAUGAGGAAUUGAAUAAAAAAUGCGUGGAGAAUUUCACAUGUGUCGUUUGUUAUGAGUUCAUUAAACGCGACAUACGCUACUGUGAGAAUACACAUUAUGUGUGUCUAAAAUGUUUUGAGGCCAUGCAGAAAUGCGGCAAAUUGCGUUGUCCCGUAUGUCGCACUGAUUAUCCCUACGAUUGUAGUGAUCCGGAUUUGGAACGAUUUCUGCGCAUGGUUAGAUUUCCCGACAAUGUAAGCCAGCGUAGCGAUUCGGAUAACGAGGAGGCAGAAAGUCCGGAAGAAAAGCGGCCACGCACUGAAGAAGAGCGUUCCGAAAAUGAAACAUAAUAUAAGGCAACAAAAGAUAGAGACAAUGAGAUUAUCAGAUACUUUUACGAAUGUCAGAUUGAAUUAAAUUUAAAUUGAUAAUAAUUUUGGAAUUUUGCAAAUCAGUAAAAACGUGUGUUUUGUAAUUUUUUUUUCUGAAGAGCCACUUUAUUUUACAGUUAAAGAAAAUGUUAACAUUCACGGAAUUUAAAAGUAAAUAAAGAUUCACCGAACAUUUACAAUUUUUUUAAA